GUUCAGUAUGGUGAAAUGUGAGUGAUGGAUCGGAGGCUGAUUUUCUUUUCCAAUCAAUUGUAAAUUCUAAAAGAAAUUUACAGCACCUUUCCAAACUGUUGAGCGGAGGUACAUGUACAUCCAACACCCCCAAUAAUGGCAGUGUCAUUCUUAGCUCGUACAACAUCUGCUCUACACAAUGUUGUCCUACAGCCAGCACUGAACAACGUCUGUGUUGGAGCCUGCAUAAGGAAGCUCCAAAGUACUAUCGUCAGUUCUAGACCAGCCCCUCUGCUAGCGACACAAAGAACCCUGUCAACAUGUACCAACAACAGUAUGGCGCCUCACUGGUGGCUAUCCUCAGUCAUCAACCGAUCCCAGCGUCCUGAGUUACUGCAGUGUCACCAGACCCCUUCCUUGGUCCCCUGUUGUUUCAAAGCGCGUGGUAACACGUACCAGCCGAGCAACGUGAAACGGAAACGCAAGCACGGCUUCCACCAGCGGAUGCAGACGGCCUCAGGGAUUAAGCUCAUAUGGAGGAGGCUGCUCAAAGGAAGACGACUUCUCACCCACUAAAAUAAAAAACUGUUUGAGAGAGAGAUUUUGAACUUCAGGCCUUGUCUUGGCCUUGGUGCUUCAAAAGUUCCCCGUAUUACUUCAAGACUUUCAAAUGGAAGUGCACUUUGCUAACGGAAAACGGCCUUGCCCUCAAAGAUGAAAUUCCAGGCCUGAAACUGUCUUGCCAACACCUCAUUUAGGACUUAAUUUUGUCAACUUUAAAAAGUGUGUUUACUUUUGCAGUCGUGGUUAGUUCUGCAAUGUUCCCUUUUAGGCUAGAGAGACGGCUGUCAUUAACCAUAAUGUGGUUGUACUUGCAGUUAUGAAAUAUAAUCCAGGAACGGCACAGGCAUGUGGGCAGGCACGCUGGCCGGGCACGCUGGCCAUCACAUCAGAAGGGUACCAUUAUAACAUUGUGAUGUGAUGGCCAGAACUUGUACAUUACUGGGUGGGAGUUUAUUCGAAGUACAAUCACAGGCCUGCUAUGAUCAGAAUGAUAGUCUCUCUUUAACCUUUACCCUGCCAGAUUCAGUAGGCAUUGGUCCAAAUGUGGAGGAUCUACGACUCAAGCUCCAAACAACGAUUGCUUAUCACUGGGCCAGGUAUACCAAUAUUAUCAAAGUCCAAACAUUUUAAAGUUAAAGUGACCACACCAUAGAGUGGAGGAUGGAGGAUUUUAGGCCCAGAAUAACAAUUGCUUAGCACUGGGCAAGGCAUAACCAAUAUUAUCCAAGUCCAAACAUUCAAUGUUAAUUGACCACAGAGUGGAGGUUAGUGGACGAUUAAAUCCUAAAAUGUAAUGAUACUUGGACUUAAUAAACUUGUAGAACUUUAUAAAAAUACUUUAUGUUUUCAAGUAUUUGAUAUUUUCCCCACAUUUAAUCCGACAGUGUAGACCAAUUGAUGACGUCCACAACCCAACCCCCAAAGGAAACAUUGUAAAACAAUUCAUGUAGACAAAUUAUUAUAAUUUUAUUUCAAUUGACGCCAAUUUUGUUAAAGGUACAUUGACAAAAGUAAUAACAACAUUCAUAUACGCUUGAUUAUUAGACGGACAGUUACAGAGAUAGUACAGAAUUAAAAAAAGAAGAAGACAUUUUUCCACAAUUUCUGCUUCCUUAAAACCAAGCAGUAUCUCCAGGGAAAAAACUGAAAGGACAAUUUUUUGUCAAGUGGUUUGAUUCUUUAAUUAAAAUGCUUUAUAAACCCAAAAUGUUUCAAAUAUUAAAUAUGCAUUGUUGAUUUUUCAUAAAGUAAAGUCGAUGUGAGGUAAUACAACUAUAACCUUCAAAGUAUUAAAACAACGUCAAACAAUUUUUUGCACUGAUAUUGGUUUUCAGAGUCAUUGCUGAAAUAAUUGUUUUGAAUCUUUGAUCCAAAUUUUAGGUGUGUUACAUUGAUUAAAUAAACACUUCCAACCUUUUGGUGACCCCCUGGUUAUAGAUUUCUGGGAACAGUAUACUCGGUGCUAGAUAAGUAGAAAAAAUAAACAGAAGAGUUUGCGGAUACCGCAAACUCUUCUAUAUCUUAUUUCCACCAUGCAAAGUUUCAAAUCCUACUUAGAAAAAAGAACAUGAUUCUAUAUAGCUGCUCGAAACAGCUAUUUUUGUCCACAUUCAGAAAAAAAUAAUCAAAUUUCAGAUAAAAGUAAUAAACCACAAGAGAAACUGACUGGGAAAGUUACAAAUUAUUUGGGGUUGAACAAAGACAAACUUUUUAUACUAGGGCCAGAUUUGAACCCAAUGACCUCUGGAUUAAUGUGCCAGUGUCCAAGGGAAAUCUGUCGGCCAAAGAUUCCGUCCCCCCAUAUAGGAUAUUAACAUAGGCUAGAGGAUGAUGGUUCAAAAGAGGGCGCUAUCAGUAUCAGACAAAGUUUGAACACAGUUGGUCGUAUGAAUCGCACAGAAUCUCCUGCCACACUGAGACUCUACCAAUAGACCGAUCCAUUAGGCUAAGCCCACGAUGCACGUGUGAGCCUCUCCAAUGCCUUUCUGCACAACUCUCCCACGCGCACGCAUGCCGGACUUUAAUACGCAAUGGGACGGAGCUUAAUGGAUCGGUCUAUUGAGCUAUCUAGCCCUCUGUUGAUAAGAACAAAAUGUAUACAAAGUCAUAAUACAAAUAGCACAACUAAAUAGAACCCCACAAGUAUCGCAAAGCAAUCGGUCAUAUCUGGGAACCUCGGGUUCCCAUAUGGAAUAUAUCUUUCCAUCAAUUUUCAGAAAACAAAAGUAUCUCAAAACAUUUUUUAAACCUUAAUGAUCCUUUAUGGAAUUCUCCCCACAGUUAUAGAUACUUCUUCAGAGCUGACAUGUUUUUGUCAAAAUCUUACAAAAAAAUUAUCCUCCAGCCCAAGAGUUUGAUAAUAUUUACACUUUAUACAUUGUAACAUGUUUGAUUUUAUUCAUUAGUAUACAAUCAUUACUUUGUUUAAUAUAUUAUUGCUUGCUAUAAAAUUGCUCUUUCUCCUACAAAAUCCAGGCUGAAAAUCAUGUGGAUGCACUAAGAAUUGACAGCGCAAUAACACUAAAAGAAAAUCUGUAUAAACUGAUCCAGAAAAAACAAACGUGGAAACUGAUGAUUCCUCCAUGCAAAUGUCCCACAUAACAUGUAUGAUUUUAUGCAUUAACUGCAGUAUACUUUAAAUGAAAUUUCUAGACCUAAAACCUGUUACAUGGGCCCAAUUUCAUAGCGCUGCUUAACGGUAAGCAAAUUUGCGUGCUUACAGUAGCAGACAAAUUUGCUUAAG